CAUUGCCGAAACGUUUUCUGUACGCCGUGGAAAACUGGAAGUUAUUGGAAUUUUUUUUAGUAGUUUUCAAUCCUAUAAUAGCGUUGGUCACUGAAGAAACACGUAGUCUUGGAAGAAGCGUUAUAUUCGGCCGCUAAACGAUAGGAGAAGGCGGUUGAUAGCGCUUCCCAGCAAUGUCGCUUCCCAAACGGGAGGUCGAGGAGCUGCGGCCCUGGGUGGAGCGGACGGUGAAAAAGGUCCUCGGCUUCUCAGAGCCUACCGUGGUCACCGCGGCGCUGCACUGCGUGGGAAAGGGCCUGGACAAAAGAAAGACAACGGAUCAGCUCAGACCGUUCCUGGAUGAGUCUGCGAGCAGCUUUGUGGAGAGGCUCUUUGAGGCUCUUGAGGAGAGCAGGAACUCCCGUGGUAAUAAGGGAGCAGGGGAAAAGAACCGCAAGAGGGAACUAAAGGAUGUGUUCGGCGAUGAGCUGGAGAUGCCCAAGGAUGGGGAUGUCGGUGAAAUGGCUGCGAAGAAGAAGAGGGUGCCUCGCUUCGAAGAGGUUGAGGAGCCAGAGGUCCUCCCUGGACCACCAGCUGAGAGCCCGGGCAUGCUCACCAAGAUGCAGAUUAAGCAGAUGAUGGAGGCUGCUACACGGCAGAUCGAGGAGAGGAAAAAACAGCUUAGUUUUGUCGCUCCGGUUCCUGUCCCUCAGCCCAGACUGCCGCUGGCUCCACCCCAGCCGGAGGCCCCUGCCUCGCGGCCCCUCCUCCCCAUGCCAGGGGGUGCGUCUGGGAUGGGGCCCCCCCGGCCCAUCGCGCCAUCACAGGCCGCCAGCUUUAUGAACGACGCCAUUGAGAAAGCCCGCAAGGCAGCCGAGCUCCAGGCCAAGAUCCAGUCCACCCUGGCUAUGAAGCCUGGCAUCCUGGGCCCCGUGGGCAACACUGGCCCACACAACCUGGUAGCACUGGCCAAUCUGCAUGCCAUGGGCAUUGCUCCACCUAAGGUAGAGGCCCGCGAGAUCACAAAGCCAACGCCUCUCAUCCUGGACGAGCUGGGAAGAACCGUAGAUGCCAGCGGCAAGGAAGUGGAGCUCACACACCGCAUGCCCACUUUAAAAGCUAACAUCAGAGCGGUGAAGAGGGAGCAGUUUCGGCAGCAACUGAAAGAGAAGCCUAGCGAGGACCUGGAGUCCACCUCCUACUUCGACCCACGCAUGUCCAUGCCCCCGCCACAGAGGGCCAGGAAGGGCUUCAAAUUCCACGAGAAAGGCCGCUUUGAAAAGAUUGCCCAGCGCAUACGCACCAAGGCUCAGCUAGAGAGGCUUCAGAUGGAGAUUGCUCAGGCUGCUAAGAAGACGGGCAUCCAAGCCUCCACCAAGCUGGCUCUGAUCGCCCCCAAGAAGGAGCUGGGUGAGGGCGAGGUGCCCCCCUUCGAGUGGUGGGACUCCUACAUUCUCCUCACCGGCCUCGAGCUCUCUGAUCAGACAGUGUUCGAUGGUAUGGAGUUCCAUGGGGUCACUAAUUUGGUGGAGCACCCAGCCCAGAUGGCUCCCCCAGUGGACUUGGACAGGCCGGUGACGCUCGGCGUGUAUCUGACCCAGAAGGAGAGGAAGAAGCUCAGGCGGCAGACUCGGCGGGAGGGGCAGAAGGAGGUGCAGGAGAAGGUGCGGCUGGGCCUCAUGCCGCCACCUGAACCCAAAGUGCGCAUCUCUAAUCUGAUGCGUGUGCUGGGCACGGAGGCUGUUCAGGAUCCCACAAAGGUCGAGGCCCACGUCCGAGCACAGAUGGCCAAAAGACAGAAGGCCCAUGAGGAGGCGAAUGCAGCCCGUAAGCUCACAGCGGAACAGAGGAAAGAGAAGAAGGUGAAGAAGUUAAGGGAGGAUCUGAGUCAAGGGGUCCACAUCGCUGUCUACAGAAUCCGAAACCUACACAACCCAGCCAAGAAGUUCAAGGUGGAAGCCAACGCGAGUCAGCUGUACCUCACCGGCACGGUCGUGCUGCACAAAGACGUCAACAUCGUGGUGGUGGAGGGAGGACCAAAGUCCCAAAAAAAGUUCAAGAAGCUGAUGCUGCACAGGAUCAAAUGGGAGGAGCCCAGCUCCAAGAGAGAAGAGGCAGAAGGCUCAGAUGAUGAAGGAUCAAAGAACAACAAGUGCACGCUGGUGUGGGAGGGUACGGCGAAAGAGCGGAGUUUCGGUGAGGUGAAGUUUAAGCAGUGUCCCACAGAGAACAUGGCACGUGAGCAUUUCAAGAAGCACGGCACGGAGCACUAUUGGGACCUUGCCCUCAGCCAGAGUGUCCUGGAGACCGCCGACGACUGAGGGCAUGGUCACAGAGCCGUAGAGGUGGAGUUGACCUGACGGAGCACGAGGCCUCACAGUCCAGUCUGGACCACCCAGCCACUGACACAGUGAUGGAGGACUUUGUGUGUGUGUGUGUGUGUGUGUGUGUGUGUGUGUGUGUGUGUGUGUGUGUGUGUGUGUGUGUGUGUGUGUGUGUGUGUGUGUGUGUGAGAGAUGUAUUCUGAGUGGGACAGGCAGUGAGUGAAUGUUAAGUUGAAGAUUGUUAGAGACCUACAGAGAUGACUGGUGUGCCAUACUGUGUAAUAAAACCAGUCAAGCUUCAGGGAACUAGACUUGUGCUUUAGGUGGGCAGACAUUGGCAGUUAUGCGUGUUUGCAUCCGUUUUACGGUUUCAGUGAUUUUAUACAGUGUGAAGCUGUAAUGUUGCAACGUUGCCACCAGGUGUCAGUGAUGCAUAGCUUACCUGUGGCUUUCUGGCUGUGGUUCCUGAAGCUGAACUCCAACUGUAGCACCACUCUGCUCCAGGGUUACUUGGGAUUGUCAUGGGGAUGUGCAAAGGUUUGUAAAAAGAUCACAGCGCAGACCAGUGGUUUGUCUGUGAUGUAUGCGAAAUGUCUGGGUUUUCAUGGACAGAACAAGAAGUUUCCUUCAUCUGUAAAAGGCCCAAAGCUGGGUCAUGAUUUUGUUGAGGUAAUCUUUCUUAAGGAAUACACACCCCUCUUCUUUUUUUUUUUUUUUUUUCUUUUUUUUUGUUCCAUCUUUUUUAUUAAGUGCUUUCUAAAUGCUGGCUUCUUUAGAUGUGUAGAUAACCUGUUGCCAACUCCAUACACAGAUUAAAACUUUGGGAGAAAACCAUUUUAAA